GUUUCACUGGAGACCUGCGGUUGCCUGUAAGACGUCGUUGAGGAAUCAGGUUCUCUGUGUAGUUUUAAUAAGGCGUAGCUAACAUUAGCUUGACAAGAGACUUGGUAACGGUAGGAAAACUAUAACCUUGGAUGCCAAUAUAAACGCAUACAUGUUUUCAAGCAAACGACGCAUCGAAGAGACAAGGAUGAGCAGUUUUAGUAGACCUGACAGACACAGGACACCGGCAUUCACCAGGGCAACACACCUUGGAACAUCCAAGCCUGACCUGGAGAGAGAUUCAGGCUUCUCAGAUGCCAGCUCUGAGUACCUCAGUACAGUUGAUCUGACUGACAAUGAAGAUGCAGGAAGGAUUGGGUCCAUAUUCGGCCAGGACCCGAAUGGUCCGCAGGUGGCUGUGAUGGGAGGCUCAUACGCUGGACUGUCUCCCAUGAUCAUCAUGAACAACUUUGUUCUAAAUCAGUGGAGCAGAGACUCCAGUGAACAUUUAAGUCACAUGCUUCAUGCAUCUUCAAUGGCUCCAGCAGAAAAACAAUGGGGUUUUCCUUCACCCUUGGAGGUGAUGCCUCAAUCACAGGUGGUUCUUCUCCAACCCAUGGUGUCAAAUGGCAGCAGCACCUCUCCAAAGACUUGCUCUGAAAAUGUCCGGCAAUCAAAAAGCUACAUGCCCAUCCUUAAGUCGUACCCCAGAAUCGCCCCUCACCCCUCGGAAGUGCCCACUAAGAGGGCGGGAUCCUCCAGGGUGAGGGGGCACUCAACAUCAGGGUAUGACCAGCGACAGAGGAGGCACCACCACAGCCACAGGCUCUAUAGUUCCCCAAGCCCACAGCCAGCACUGCAGACUCCAGUCAAACCCGUCUCCAACUCUGAAGCUUCAAACAACCAGGCACAGACAGCCGAGAGUCACGAGCAGCUCAGUGACAAGGCUCUCUACUCGCUGGCAGGAAUCAGCUCUCCACCCCCCUGCACAGAUGAUUUCAGGACAGAGGAGGACAGUGACAGGAUCCCUGCUGACAAAUACCAGGACGCCCUCUCAAUAGGCACCAACAAACUGAAACGUUUCAGCAAUACCUACAAUAUUCUCAGCAAGUCAGGCUUGCUGGGGAUCACCAUGCGCACAAAGCAGCUGAUCAAGGAGAAUAAGCGCACUCAAGGCCAGCUACAACAGCUUCAAGAGCAAACAGCUCUGCUGCUGGAGGCUCUGAGCAGCAGAGACCCACAGCUCUGGACUAAACUCCAGCUCUCUCUGCAGGACAUGGACAAUGAACAGUGCGGGGCUAAAGCUCAAGGAGUCCUGGCUUAAUGUAUCGGUGCAUGGGACCAGCAGUUCUCAAUCAUGGGGAUAGAGGAUGAUUUACAAGAAAAGCUCUUUCUUUUUUGAAAUAGUCAACACAGCAUCAAGCAGUAUAACUAACCAAACAAUAACAGAACUAAUCCAUAUGCUUUCAUGCUUUGGCAGGAGGUUGUAAGUACAAAUCAUCUUAAAUUUGCAAAUAAUAGAGACAAAAACAUUCAGAACUGCUGGUCUAAGUUCCAAACAUGAAGCUGCAACACAUCCACUAUUCUCAAGUGGGAGGUAGGAAGCAUGCUUAAAUUUCAAACCCUUGCCUAUAAGAAAUUUUCUUGCCUCUGCUGUUUCAAAAUAGCAAGUAUCACUUGCAAUAGGGCUAUGCCUUCUAUAUGUCGAACUUUAAUUGCAUAAACGCAUGCCUUACAGCACAUGUGAGGACACAUGGGGUUAAUUCCUCAUACAUGCCUUGAAUGUGAUUUCCAUAGAGAAAGUAUAAGCAUCAUUUUUACUUUUUAGGUAAAAUAGAAAACCCAGUUUGUUUGUUUUGUUCUAUUAACUUUUUUAUUACAUUGUAUAGUAAUGUAACUGAAUGGGGAGAUGUCUCCUUUGUCAGGAAGUGGAUUGCUUACAGUUAAGAGUUCAUUGUUUUGUUUUGUUUUGUUUUUUAAUAUAAUGUUGUUAGUUGGUGUCAGUAUUAUUUAUUUUUAAUAUUGUUUUUGACCAAGACUAAAGCUGUGUGACUAAUAUAAACAAACCAAGCACAUUAUAACGAGUUUGCCAGUUCUCUGACAAAACAAGCUCUUUUUUUCAAGAUACCUUUAAAGACGUAGGAUCGUAGGAAUUUGCGAAAACUUAAAAUGUAGCAAGUGAAGUGCUGUAGCCAUAUAAUUGUCUUGACUUUGUAUAUGUUGCUGCCAUUCUCAUUCCUCCCUGCAGUUUUAAGCUUAAUAUGAUGUAGUAUUAACUGACUUUAAGACAGAAAUGACAGCUAAAUAUUUACAUAUAGUUUCCUAUUACAGACUCUUGCACUUUAGUUAGAGGAUUACUGGCAACAUUAUUAGACAAAUGUUACGACUUGUUUCUUUACAUGAGCGUUCUGUCUUGAUAAAAUAAUGUGAAUAUAAAUGUUUAACUGGAUGCCUGUGCCUUUUGAAUAUGUUUAUGUUUGUACUUCAUAUCAACGCUUGAGCAGCUUUGAUUUCUGUAUUUCUUUGUGAGCUUCAUGUAGAAGAAAGUUGAAUGUACUAAAAGGUCUCCAAAGAACUAACAUUCUUCUUUAAAAGUUUAAAACAAACCAUAGCUCUGGUGCCAUAAUACAUUCAGAGUUGCAGUGGAAAGAUAACCGUAAAGACAAAUGAAGUCAUAAAUGGUUCAGUUUUAAUCAUUAAGUCUAGGUCAACUGUUGUUUUAUUUAUUUCAGCAGCAAAACACUGCUGUUGCGAUAUUUUCUAAUCAUGAGAAAUUGUAAAACUAAGAAAUCAUCAAAUCAGUCUUGGUUUUAACGGGGGAAAAGGAGAGCGACAAAAAUUUGUUUUCAGAGAUUGCUUUUUCCCUGUUAUUGUGAAACGUGCUUUCUGUAUCACUUUUAGUCACUUUGACUAAUAAUGACCUGUCAUAAAACUUUGU